AUGUUGUCAGAUAACAUGAAACAAAAGAGCAAAAAGAAACUCAUUGCUGACUUCGACACUGUUUCAUUAUAUCCUUCAGCUAUAGCAAGACUUUAUACUUUAGAAGGUAUUCCAAAAGUAUUGAAGGAUGAGAUGUUAAGCACAGAGUAUCUCAUGAGACAUUUAUUCGAUGAUGACCAAAAGGAACCCAUUGGUGAAAAGUUUAUGUCUGGCUUCUUUGUUCUCAUUAAGAUAACAGAGAUUGGUAUACCCAGACACUUUCAUUUAAUAGUUUGCGACCCUGAACUAAAUCCAGAACUUAACGUUCCAAGAAGUUCAAACACUUGCUGUCUCAUGUAUGUUGACCAUAUAACAUUACAAGACCUCAUAAAAUAUCAAGGUGUCAAAUGUGAAGUGUUGCAAGGAUACUAUUACGAUGGAAACAGAGAUAUGAGAAUAAGAGAUGAAGUAAAGAAGUUGUUUGAGUUAAGGUUAAAGUAUAAGAAAGAAGAAAACCCCUUACAAGAAAUUAUAAAACUCAUUCUGAACAGCAUUUAUGGCAAAACUAUUCUAUCUCCUAUUGAGUCAAAAAUAACCAUAGUAAAUGACAAAGAUGCUAUAAGAUAUGCUAUAAGAAAUUACAACCAUAUAGUGAAGUUCGAAGGUUUGGAUGGUUCAGAUAA